AAGGACACUCCCAACCAGCUCAUCCCGCCACCCGUCAGGCGCCUGCCACUCGGCGCCAGGGGGCUACAGCGGACCGCUGGCACACCUGAGGUGGAGACCUUGAGUGGCAGCGUGCCACUGCCAGCAAAAUCUUGCAACAAGCUCGGUCGGGCCCAACCUCCAUCGGCAGAGACACCUCAAAGACCAGACGUAACGCACAACUCACUCCUCUUUCCCACCUCAUCACCUUUAACCCCCAACGAUCACGACACGGCAACAGAAACGACACUCGAUACGAUACUUAACAACAGACAAGGGGGAAUGAUGAAUCGAAUUGUUUUCGCAUUCUCCCGCUGA